GUCUUGCAAAUUGAUUUAACAACAUGGAAACAGAUUGAGGUAACCCGUUUAGUACGGGAAAUGCAAUACACUUAACAAACGUUAAUACAUUUACGAUUCCGCUUGUACAGAUCAUUUUACAUUUAAGUAUCUGCGAAAGACAGCAGUGAGCGAGUGAGUGAGCUAUCAGUCUGUGUUUCUUUUCUUUUCUGUGUGUCCAUACUCGGUUGUGGAUUGUAUAGCUGGAUGACCUACUUUUUCCUAGUUGCUAGUUGUCUGUAUAGCGCACAUUAUCAUCAGCCCGGCUAACCGGGAUCUGCCUACAGAAGGAUGGUCGAGUAGUAACGAGAGAGAGAGAGAGAGAGCGAGGGGGAAAAACUACCAUCAAACACUGUUACCACUCUCCAACACACACACAAUCGUGAUCGUCUGGCUGGGAAAUACAUUUAACACAAGAGAUGUUUUUCAACAAAAUUACGUGUUUCAUUUAAUUGUAAAAAAAAAAAAAAGAAAAGAAAAAAAGUCUGGCUUAUAAAGGCUUGAUUUGUACAAUAUUGCACUGCGUGUUUGGGUUAGGCGAACCAUCCGCGGACUUCUUUAAUCAAAAGUGUGGAGCGGUUACAAGCUGUUACGAGUUCCUCGAUUACAGAUCCUGAUCUCUGUCGGGACAGGUGAACAGAGGGGAACGUUUCAGACUUCGAGAGAGCCGUAGGCGGGGAGCCUGAAUGGGAACAGGAAGACUUCAGAGAGGUCUGGUACCGGAGUGGGAGUGAGCAUGGAAAACCUUGCAGAGUUUGGGAGCUGCUGUCCGUCCAGCAGGAGAGAAUGGGACUCCAGCAGUUGUGUCGAUGACCUGGUGGAUGAAGAUGAGAAGGACAGGGCAAAGAGGGCAUCACGCAACAAAUCUGAGAAGAAGAGACGAGACCAGUUCAAUGUGCUCAUCAAGGAGCUCUGCACCAUGCUCCAGGGGCAGGGUUACCCGCGCAAGAUGGACAAGUCAACCAUCCUGCAGCGGACCAUUGACUUCCUCCAAAAGCAGAAAGAAAUCACAGCGCAGACUGAGUCAUGUGAGAUCAAGCAGGACUGGAAGCCAUCGUUCCUCAGUAACGAGGAGUUCACCCAGCUGAUGUUGGAGGCUUUGGAUGGUUUUCUUAUAGCGCUUACUACAGAUGGAAACAUUAUAUAUGUAUCUGACAGUGUUUCCUCACUCAUUGGGCAAUUACCGUCAGAUAUGGUGGACCAAAACAUCUUGAACUUUCUUCCUGAGCUUGAACACGGGGAGGUCUACAAGCUGCUAUCGUCACGCAUGCUCCUGACAGACCCCAUCGCUGCCGAUUUCCUGGAAAAUGAGACCCAUAUUGAAUUCUUCUGUCAUGUAGCCAGAGGAAGCACUGACCCAAAGGAACCCCCUACAUAUGAACAUGUGAAAUUCGUAGGAGGUUUUAAAUGCCACAGCUAUGUGCCUGCAUCCUCUUGUAAUGGCUUUGAGCUGGCAAUACCGAGAACAAUCCGCUCGUCUGCUGAGGAGCAGGUUUGCCUUGUCGCGACUGUCCGCUUGGUCACACCUCCAUUUUUAAAGGAUAUGUGCAAUGUUGAAGAGCCCUGUGACGAAUUCACAUCAAGGCACAGUUUAGAAUGGAAAUUCCUAUUUCUAGACCACAGGGCCUCUCCCAUUAUAGGUUACUUACCCUUCGAGGUUCUGGGCACCUCUGGCUACGAUUACUAUCAUGUUGAUGACCUGGAGCUUCUCGCCAGGUGCCACGAACAGCUGAUGCAGUUUGGGAAGGGAAAGUCCUGCUAUUACCGGUUCCUCACCAAAGGUCAGCAGUGGAUUUGGCUGCAGACUCAUUACUACAUCACCUAUCACCAGUGGAACUCCAAGCCGGAGUUCAUAGUGUGCACGCACACUGUGGUCAGCUAUGCUGAGGUCCGGGCGGAGCGCAGGAGAGAGCUGGGUCUUGAGGAGACAGCAUCAGAAAUGGCUUCCUCCUCCAUUAAGAGUCACGAGGUGUACGUGGAUAUCCAGCAGUGCGGGAACACACAGAAAGCACCCAGGGAGAAGCUCGGGGUCACUCAGACUCACAGGGAGAAGCUCGGGGUCACUCGGACUCGCUCGGUGUCAUCGCCCGGCUCACACAAGUCCUCACACACCGCCAUGUCGGACUCUGCAUCAAACUCCUCUCUCGGGUUCACAGAAACAGCCACCCCGUCCUGUCAGUCCAUAUCCCUGGGGCCAGACACGGCCGUCUCCCGAAUACAGCCCAGCAGCUCCCAGGCUUUGCUGCCGCCUCAGACCCCCUCUGACCUGCAUCCCCAGCAGCAGCACCCACCCCCACCCUCCUGCAGCCAGCUCCCAGUCAUGCAGCCCAUGUUCCAGUUUCCUACCCCGCUGGGGGUGAUGCAUCAGCUGAAGGAGCAGUUGGAGGAGCGCACGCGGAUUCUGCAGGCUGACAUCAAGACCCAGCAGCAGGAGCUGCACGACAUCAAGGAGCAGCUGCAGCUGGUGCAAGACUCCAAUCUGCAGAUGUUUAUGCAGCCGCCUGCCCCUUUGAGUUUUAGCACUGUACAGCACCAGGGCCCAGGAAGGCCCGCGCAUCAGCAGCAGUCUGGAGUUAUCAGGCAGCCCCCUGCCCUGAUGGGAUCGGAGCAGUACUGCGGCCCACACAGCUCCUCUCCGCACACGCUCACACUGAGGGAGUCCAGCACAGCUCCACCGCAGGUCCAGCAGAGAGUGAUGCUGCAGCAUGCCAGCAUGCCUGGACAGACACAUGCCAGCCUGACCAUGCCCCUCAACAGCAACCCCAUGAUGUUCUCACAGACCAACCCCCGGCCAGGACAGAUCUCGGGGACCCAGGACGUGGGCCAGAGGCACAGCGAGUCAGACUUCAACCAGGAAAGACAGUUCCGAUACACCCCGGAUCAGCAGAUGACGGCCUCCUCAUUACCUAUGCAGCCAAUGAGCUGCAGCGCUCUCAUAGUGCCGUCUCCAGUGUUCACGUCGCCCAUCAUGAUUCCACAGAACAGCUUCCUCACACACCAGACCCAGCCCGCCUACCAGCAGCAGCCCCAAGCAGCACAGCACACACUGCAGCUGCAGCAACACCAUCCCUUCUUUCAGAUGCAGCCUCCUGUAUCCCGUCAGAGUGGACCGCACCCCCAGCAACAGAGCACCAUGACAUACCUCCAGCAGCAGCCCCAACUGCAGCAGCUGCUUCCCCAGAACCAGACCAGCAGCCUGCCACGCCCCCGGUAGCCCUGGUCCCCAGGAUGGGAAGCAAUGCCGAGGAGGAAGGUCGGGCCUUGGCGGAAGCAUUCCUUUGUGGAGGGCUGCAGCACUGACCCCGGUCACUAGAGGGAGCAGAGGAGCCUGUCUGAGGUGGCCUUGCAAAGUUACCAAGGGAGGUUGCAGCCCCAUGGCCAGUGAAGUACUGCGGUGCCUCAUAUAGCCGUGCUAGUGGCAGUGCAGUAUGGGAGGGCCAGCUUUGUUCUUGAGCUUCGUGGGACUUUAAUAUAUACAGAAAUGCCACUGCUGCAUAGUCUCAGGCAAGCAUGAGUGCUACUAUAAAUGUUACUGCAGAGUUCUCUGUGAUACAGACAGUACGAUACCACAGUGUUUGUGAAGGGCCCGGGCACUUCACUUCAGUGCAAGGCUGCAGGGUUACUGAGCCUAUAACUGUGUAACGGGAGAAAAAAACCUGUUGCAUCAAAGACUCUGAGCCGAGCGCUCACGUAACCCUCAAAGAGCUGGUAUGGAUGAACGGCCGAGACUAUCCCCCUGUCACAGUUAUGUAUUCACAGUACUGAGUUAUACAUUAUCAGCUAGUUUGCAGUGCUGACUGAACUUCGGGGGGGGGGGUAUAUACAGGGGUCGCUGAUGCGCGGUGAGCCGAGGACACCCUGGCCGACCUAAGCCCCCCAAUUGUGCGCUGCCCCCCCUAUAGGGCGCAUCCUGCACUCCACUCGGAGCGCUUUAUCAGAUGCGCCACUCAGGAGCCCUACAUGUAGAACACAGCAACCAGGCACAACAUUGAGAGGGCUUGUCUUUAAUACUCUGCUGGAUUGUUCAAUUCCAUUGCUGAGGCUUUUUGGUUUUUUUUGUCUAGGUAUGUUGGAUAAAGAUUUUUUUAAUAUAUUAUUAUUAUUAUUAUUAUUAUUAUUUGUAUUAUCUUUUUUAAAACAAGUCAUUUUAUAAAUACUUCUCAGGUAAAAGACAGUUACUCUUUUGACCAUUGCAUUGACAGAUGGCUUGUUCUGGAGAAAGUUCUCAGCAGUAUGUUGUAGCUGAAAGGAUUGACUUUGUAAAGAAGUCUGCCUUAGCUUGUGGGUAUGCUGUAUGUGUUCAAGCUUAUAGUUCAGCUCUGACAAGGUUAUCUAGUGGACAGAAGCACAGUGAUGAAAACCAACACUGCCGUUCUCAAGGUUUUCUAGUGGACAGUGAUGAAAACCAACACUGCCAUUCUCUCACUUCUCCCAGCCCCAGUCAGUGCACCCUUGAGGGAACAAAGGGUAAAAACAGGUGAAACAGCGUUUUGAGUUUAUUUAGUUUAUUUAUUUAUUUAAAUGAUUGUAACUGUAGUGAUAAUUGCAUCCUGGACUGUGUGCAGAUGAGGUAGAGAAGAAGCAGGGCAAUGCAAAGUCAAUACCGAUAUGUUUGCUUGUUUGUUAUUAUAUAUAACAUAGACAGACUGAUUCACCCAUGUAGCUAUGUGAUUGUGGGACCAUUCUGUAACCAUGCCAACCCAGAACACCUCUCCAGAUUCCAGAUACCUUGACCCAGUUCUGUUUGAAGUGCUCUCAGUAAUACCAUGCCUUUCUCUGCAGAGGCUCUUGGUCUCAAGCUCUCCUUUCUCUCUGUCUGGCACAGAUCCUUCAUCCCUCUCACUGAAAGACAAACAUCAGCCUUUAAAGGAUGUAUUCACCGGUAAAAGAAAUUAAGAAAUGCUGCCCAGCAUAUCAUUUAAUACUGUUUCAUUUCAUGCCAAAGUAUUUUUAAACAUCAAUUUUCAUCUAGUGUCUGAAACCUAAUUGAUUUCUCACAGCGUACAUGAGAGCUCACCAGCACU